AUGGCUCAGAACUUUGAGAAAUCGGUAAAGGGGGCCACCAAGGUUAAGCUUGCGGCCCCUAAAUCCAAAUACAUCGAGCACAUUCUUGUAGCAACGCAUACGGGCGAAGCCGGAGUAGCAGAGAUAUUCCGGACACUACACCUUCGCGUUCGCGACUCGACAUGGACAAUCGCGUUCAAAGCCCUCAUUGUGAUUCAUUUCAUGAUAAGGGAGGGCCAGUUGGACGCUACAUUGCAAUAUAUGGCAGAGAAUCCGAGGAAAAUAGCUGUCAGUGGGCUAUCAGAGGUUCAACCGCAGGGCCGCAACAUCCGAAGAUAUGCCAGCUACCUCCUUUCUCGGGCACGCGCCUUCGAACAGACCAAGACCGACUAUGUGCGAAGCGGGCAAGGCCGGAUGAAGCGGUUGACGGUCGAAAAGGGUCUGCUACGGGAAACGGAGGUUGUUCAAAAACAGAUCAAGGAGCUACUACGUUGUGAUCUCUUGACGGACGAGGUUGAAAACGAAAUCACCUUGACGGCUUUCCGUCUACUUACUCUAGAUCUUUUGACACUCUAUUCAGUCAUGAACGAGGGGACAAUCAACGUAUUAGAGCACUAUUUUGAAAUGUCACGGCCCGAUAGUGAACGUGCGCUGGAGAUCUACAAGACGUUUGCCGCGCAAACAGAGGAGGUAGUCAAGUUUUUGGGGGUUGCUCGACACUUUCAAUCGGCAACAAGGCUUGAGAUACCGAAACUCAAGCACGCUUCGACCGAUUUGACCCGUCUUCUUGAGGACGAUUUGAACGACCCAGAUUUCAACCUUCGUCGGCGAGAAUACCUUGCUCGACAAGGCAAAGGGGGAAGUAGUAGUGCUUUUACUGCUGCUGCCUCGUCAACAGAGAAUAAACCCGCUAGUAACACCAACACUACGCCUACUCGACCUAAGACGGAACCUAGCCCACAAACGAAGACUAACCCUUCGAACCUGAUGGACUUCUUCGACUCUAUCGAGGCCCCAGCUCAACCUCAACAGCAACUCCAGCAGCAACCACAAGCUAUGCAAUUUCAACAGAUGGGCCUCCCAGGACAGCAGCCCGGCUUCUUCCCGCAGCAAGGAGGAUUUCCACAACAGCAGCCCGGAUUCCCACAACAGCAAACAGGGUUCGAACAGCAACCCCAGUCCACCGGAUAUGGUCAGCCGGGGCCGUUCGGACCCUUUGCGACUCAGAAUCCUAACCAGUUUGGCCAACAACAAGUGCCGGCACCCCUUCAGGCCACCCCUACAGGAGCUGGCUUUGGCGGGUAUUCUCCACAACCCCAGGGGCAAGUGUAUCAAUCUCAACUUCCUCCUAUUCCCCAGAAUAAUGUUGCGGCAUUCCCUCAGCAACAACUAUCGCCGAACGCGCUGCAGCCCCAAACAACAAAUCCAUUCAGACAAUCGAUGCUGAUGAGCACCCCGACGGGGUCAGCGUCACCCGCAUCUCCAAUCAGUCGCCAGAAUACGAAUCCCUUUGCAAAGCGAUUGUCAACAGUCAAUCCUUCGUUCAGUCCCAGCGCACCGGAACCGUUUCCUCAGGCUCUGCAGCAGCCGCAAGCGCCGCAGCAGCCAGCGCCCCUCCAAUCCCAGCGAACAAGAACAAACCCUUUCGCCCGCAGCUCAUCUGUCCCACCUCAACAGUCGCAAGGGCUGCAGCCCGCUGCAGCACCCCUUCGGCCCACUCCAACAGGCAGUACAAAUCCGUUCCGACAAAGCACCCUUGUUCAACAGACGGGCCAGGGUUGGCCGGUCAAUGGCCAGCAAGGCACCAUGGGCGGACUGGAGCAGCUGGACACGGUACCUAUUUUCCCGCGUCCGGGAUUCUCGUGA